AGAGGGCAACUCUUUCCUAGAACUACACAAGGAUUGAUCCAGAAGGAAGAGGGCAGAGCAGUGCCAUGAACAUUGUCUUGGAUAUCCUCCUGCUUCUGAUCACCAUCGUCUACUCCUACCUGGAGUCAUUGGUGAAGUUUUUCAUUCCCCAAAAGAGAAAAUCUGUGGCUGGGGAGAUUGUUCUCAUUACUGGAGCUGGGCAUGGAAUAGGCAGGCUGACUGCCUAUGAAUUUGCAAAACGGAAAAGCAGACUGGUUCUGUGGGAUAUUAAUAAGCACAGUGUUGAGGAAACCGCAGCUGAAUGCCGAAAGCUAGGGGUCACCGCACGUGCGUUUGUGGUCGACUGUAGCAACAGAGAAGAGAUUUACAGCUCUGUAAAUCAGGUAAAGAAAGAAGUGGGUGAUGUAACCAUUGUGGUGAAUAAUGCUGGGACAAUAUAUCCAGCCGAUCUUCUUAGUACCAGAGAUGAAGAGAUUAUAAAAACAUUUGAGGUCAACAUCCUAGGACAUUUUUGGAUCACAAAAGCACUUCUUCCAUCAAUGAUGAAGAGAAAUCAUGGCCACAUUGUCACAGUGGCUUCAGUGUGCGGCCACGAAGUGAUUCCUUAUCUCAUCCCGUACUGUUCCAGCAAAUUUGCUGCUGUUGGCUUUCACAGAGCUCUGACAUCAGAACUUCAAGCCUUGGGAAAAACUGGUAUCAAAACAUCAUGUCUCUGCCCAGUUUUUGUGAAUACUGGGUUCACCAAAAACCCAAGCACAAGAUUAUGGCCUGUACUGGAAACAGAUGAAGUUGCAAGAAGUCUGAUAGAUGGAAUACUUACCAAUAAGAAAAUGAUUUUUGUUCCAUCAUAUAUCAAUAUCUCUCUAAUACUAGCAAAGCCCUGA